AUGGCAAACCGACAGCCUUACAAGACGACGUUUAAUGCUGACAAGGUCAUUCGGCCUAUUUUCACUGGCGGCUCAGUUGCAUUGGACAAUGGCGCCCGAGUGCUAGCCACAGCUCUGGGCGAGGAUGCAGUCCUAACUGACCCCUCCAACGGCAGGCAUCUUGCACAGAUUGAAGGAGAUGGCGAGCAAAUAUCGACAUUGACCUGCAUGUAA